UAUAUAAGAUUUUCAAUAAAUACAUAAUUUGCCGAUUUUUAUCAAGUAACCGAGUAUCAGUAUCACUAUCUCUAUAAUAAUAAACUAACUAGAACUUAGAAACAAGUUAUCAAUAUGAGAUAUUAUAAUGCUAAAGUUAAAGACGGAUAUUAAGGAAUUUGAUAAUAUUUGAUAAUAGUUACAUAUUUUUAUUGUUUGAUAUUAUAACGAUAAGUACGUGGUAUGUAAAUGAUUUUUAAUUUUCGUAAUAAUUCUUAGGUACGCAUAAAAGUAUUAUUAUUUAUUUCCGUUCGUAACUAUUGACUGUUCACAUUUUCGUAAAACAUAGAAUUGAUAAAUCGAUAAAAAGGUAAGUGAUUUUAGUCUGAUUUAAAACUUGCGAAUUAGGUACUAUGUGUAUAUGUAAUGCACGUGUUUUGAUCAUUUAAAUUAGUGUGUUGGGAUGUAUUGGAAUCGUGCUCAUGUUUAUUAUGCGCAAUUCACUAGAAGCGGAAGAAAAUACUCUACAAUGUCUAAAUCACCUAAGCCUGUAAAUGAAACCGAAAUGAUUGUAGACAAUUCUCAAGAACAAACAGUGAUAUCGGAAAAUUUGACUAGAACGCCGCGAAUAAUGCCCAUAGAAAAGACAGAAUUCCGUAAAAACGCCUUAAAUAUUCAAAUGUUGUCGGCCAAUUUGUAUGAUCAGCUUUUCAAUGAACCUCGUCAUACAAACGAAGAUGCAUUAAAAAUGGCUCUAAAAGAACUUUCAAAAUAUGAUUUACCUUCCAUAUUGCAUAAAGUACCUGAUGUUGAACUGCAAUUACCUCCAAUGGAGGGAAACAUAAUCGAUCACUUUUAUAAGAUUGGUAAAAUACAAAGUGAUCCAUAUGCCACAUUGAUGGAUGCAUUUUUAAAACACAAAUUACCUACUAUGCCUAAUGAAUGGGUAUUUAGAGAAGGGUGGACAAGAUAUUGUGGGAAUGAAAUUGAGCCAUGCGACUAUCCCAAAGAAGAAGUAAUCAUUUUUGAUGUUGAAGUGUGCUGUACGGAAGGUGAUUUACCAACCUUAGCAACUGCUGUCACAUCAGAAGCUUGGUAUAGUUGGACGAGUAGAGAUUUAUUUAAUUGUAAUACUAGAUCUGGUAGAAAUCUGGGUUAUUCAUCCAAAGAUCUUGUACCUUUAGAGGCAUCAAUUAAUUCCAAAGAAAAAUCAACUGAAUGGACAAAUACUCCUAAAUUGUGUAUUGGCCAUCAUGUUGCUUUCGAUAGGGCCAGAAUUAUGGAACAAUAUUGGUUAAAUCGUACAGCUCUUCGAUUUAUUGAUACUAUGUCUUUACAUGUUGCCAUAAGUGGUAUUACUAGUUAUCAAAAAACCUUAUUAAAGUCUAAAGACACCAUUGAAGAUGAAUCUUGGCAACAAUACAGUUCGUUAAACAGUUUAAAUGAAGUGUACAAAUUAUAUUGUAAAUCAGAGUUGUCAAAGAGUGAUCGUGAAAUAUUUGUUAAAGGUUCAUUAAAAGAUAUAAAUGAUAAUUUUCAAAAUUUAAUGACCUAUUGUGCAAAUGAUGUAAAAGCUACAUCACAAGUUUUAAGAAAACUAUGGCCGAUGUUUUUAGAACGGUUUCCUCAUCCUGUUACUUUGGCUGGUAUUUUAGAAUUAGGUACAUCAUAUUUGCCAGUAAAUUCAAAUUGGAACAGAUAUUUGAACACUUCAAAUGAAAUAUAUGAAGAUCUGGAUAUUGAAUCUAAAUUUUUACUUUCACAACAAGCAAAUCAAGCUUGUCAAUUAAUGUAUAACGAUAAUUAUAAAAAAGAUUUGUGGCUUUGGGACCAAAAUUGGAUUUCAAAGGAGUUAAAAUUGAAAAAAGAAAAGAAAAAGAAACCAAAAAUUACUGUUGAAAAUCAAUCUAUAGAACCUGAAGAUAUAUAUGAAGAAAGAUUCCUAGAAUUAGAAAAAACAUUUAAACCGCUAAUGGAGACUAUUGAACGGAUGCCUCUUAAGACACCUCAUCUAGCUGGUUAUCCAGAGUGGUAUAGAAAAUUGUGUGCCCCUCCCAAAGAUUUAAAUUGGGUUCCUGGUCCAGUACUCAUAAGCUCUGGUAUGCAUCUUGUCCCUAAAUUACUUUCUCUUAUGUGGAAAUCUCUUCCUCUACAUUACGUACGAGGACAUGGCUGGGGCCAACUUGUACCUUAUGAUACAGACAUAAAACUCUUAGAUUCUGAAUUUGUACCAAUUGAAGAACUAAAAGAUCACUAUGUUAAAAGUAAUGCAUCUUGUAAUUGUAAAAUAGUAAUAAAUAAUUCUGAACUACAUGAAGAUGUCCAGACGAAUCUAGUUAAAUAUGAAUGCACUUUUAAAAAAAAAAAAUAUAAAAAUACCAAAUUUGAGCCAUGCAAAGACAAUUUAGCUACAGGUUGUGGCAUAUUAAAACUUCCACAUAAGGAUGGGAAUCAUUUAAAUGUUGGUAAUCCCCUUGCACGAGAUUUCUUGAAUAAAUUUUCUCAAAAUGGUUUGUCUGGGAAAGAUAGUAAAGCCGAACGCAUCAUUGAAAUAUCACGUAUGUUGUCUUAUUGGAGAAAUAAUAGAGAACGUGUUGAAGGUCAAAUUGUUGUUUGGACCAAUAAAUCUGAAGGAUUUGGUGCAAUCAUACCACAGGUUGUAGUAUGUGGAACAUUAACUCGUCGAGCUGUAGAAAGAACAUGGAUGACAGCUGCUAAUGCUAUUGAUGAACGUGUUGGCUCUGAGUUGCGUAGUAUGAUCCAAUCACCAGCUGGUUAUUCUUUAGUUGGGGCAGAUGUCGAUUCCCAAGAAUUAUGGAUAGCAUCUGUCAUCGGAGAUUCGUAUUUUGGCAAAGAACAUGGAGCGACUGCUUUUGGCUGGAUGACACUCAGUGGCAGGAAAAGUGAUGGCACAGAUAUGCAUAGUGCAACUGCAAAAGCAAUUGGAAUCACUAGAGAUAACGCCAAAGUAUUAAACUAUGCUAGGAUUUACGGGGCAGGAAAACCAUUUUCUGAGCGUUUGUUGAAGCAAUUCAAUCCAGAUUUAAGUCCUAUACAAGCAAAGCAAAAAGCAAUAGCUAUGUUCAACAUGACAAAAGGAAACAGAGUUUAUAGGCUACAUGAUUCUGUAUUGCCCGAAAUCGAGAAAAGAGAGCAUUCAAGACGUGGUGCACAAGAAUUAUGUGCUAUUUAUAAUAUGAGUGUUGAAGAAUUAUUUGAAAAACCUGCUUGGAAAGGAGGUUCUGAAUCUGCUAUGUUUAAUAGUUUGGAACAAAUAGCCUGUUCUAAACAACCAAAAACACCGUUUUUAGAUUCUAGACUCAGUCGUGCUUUAGAAAUGAAUAGAGAGGAUGUGGAUAAAUUCAUACCGACCAGAAUAAAUUGGGUAGUGCAGAGUGGUGCUGUUGAUUUUCUUCAUUUAAUGUUGGUGUGCAUGCGUUGGUUAAUACAUCCAAAUGUUCGUUUUUGUCUAAGCUUUCAUGACGAGAUACGGUAUUUAGUACCCAAUGAACACCGUUAUCAGACUGCAUUAGCUUUACAUGUUACAAAUUUAUUAGUCAGAUCGUUUUGCAUUAAAAAAUUAGGAAUGACUGAUUUACCACAAUCUGUUGCAUUCUUUAGUUCAGUUGAAGUAGAUACUGCCCUGAGAAAAGAUGCAUUGAAUGAAUGUGUUACUCCAUCUAACCCGCAUGGAUUGUCAAAAGGUUAUGGAGUACCACUCGGAGAAUCGCUGGACAUAAUAAAAGCUAUAGAGAUGUCUGGAGGAAACAUUGGUAUAUUUAAAAAGAAAAAAAAAGAAAAUCGAUAAACCGUAAAAUUGAACAAAAACUAAAUGUUGAAAUAAGAUUUAAGUACAAAAUGCUAAAAAUUAUUGUGUAAAUAAAAUGUGUGUGUUAUUAUUUUUUUUUUUUACAGAAUGUCUAAAGCUACUAAGCGUAAACAUGUACAGAAGGAAAUGCUUGAUACCGAAUGGAACGGUCCAACAGACAAACAACGUAUUGUUCGAAUAGUUGCUGGGCGUGGUAACAAUCUUCAUGAAGUAUUCUCGGUAGAAGACAACGAAACAUUUCUUGUUUCUAUGCCAGUCAAGUUCAGGCGUAAUGUGUGGGUAAAACGUAAUGACUAUGUUGUUGUUGAACCAAUAACUGAAGGAGAUAGAGUUCGUGGUGAAAUUGUACGUGUGUUAAAUAAAGAAGACUUAAAACUAAUGAAACAGAAAGGAUGGGCUGGAAAGAAGGAAGAAAAUGAGAUUUUACCCAACACAAAUCGGCCUGUUGUUACCACGAUUAGCGAUUUGAGUGGUACUGAUACAGAUACUGAUCAUGAUGAUCCAUCUGAAGAUACAGAUUAAUAUUAUUAAAAAGUUAUAAUUGCUUGAAGGGCUGGUCUGGUCUUAAAGGCCCAUUGAAAUGAAAAGGCGUUUUUAAAAUAUGAAAAACUACUUUUUUUUUAUAUAUAUAUGUACAUAUUUAUUGUGCCAAAUGAAGACUGUUUUAUAAAUAAAAUGUGAUUUAUACAUUAAGCUGUAAUGGAAAUUAAAUAAAUUUAAUUAAUUAUAAGUACAAUAUAUUAAUAUAGCAUUUAAAAUUGUCAUAUAUGUUAAAUGGAUAUACGACAAAAUAAAUGUAUUGUUUUAUUCAACAAGAGUAAAAAUACUUCAAUAAAACGAGACUUAUUUUCUCUUAUUGUUAAAAAUAUUUAACUAUUACAAUUGUAUUGUUAUAAAAUAUAUAACUAAUCUACCACUAUUCAAAUAAUUUAGUUCAUUUAUUACUAGUUAUAUAUCCAUUAUACAUCGUCAUUACGGCAUAGGCAUAAAUAGCCAAAUUAUUUAAGGGGGGUUAGUUGAGUUAGCCCCUCUUUUUUACACCCAAUCAUAGCAUAUCAGGUUAUACCAGUUGGUAAUAGUUGUUACUAAAUUUUUUGGUGAAAAGUUUUGCGUCCAUUUCAAUUCCUAAUACCUAUUUGUAAUAUUAGUAAUAUAUUUUUAAUAAAUACCUUAAUAUUAGGUAUUAAUUGAAGUUUUAUAACAUUACAUUGAAACAAUUAUUACACACAAAAACUGUGAUUUAGACUCAAAUAUACACAGAGCGAUUAUUUUAUUGUUAAACACUCAUUAUUUAAAAAAGUAUUAUAUUGUUUGACUUACAGAAUAUCAUGAUUGAAGAUAUAUCAUAAAUAAACCACAUAAUUUUAGUUAGAACUUACCAAUUUGACUAAACAGUUUAUCUGUGUGAAUAACCUUUCUGGUAAUUUUUUUUUUUUGGUACAACGUAAAUUAUUUACAUUUCGACAGAUUGUAUUUAACGUAAUUGUUCAUAAGAAAUAUCUUUUUUAUCCAAUUUUGAUAUUUUUUUUUUUUUGUUUCACCUUCCAAAGGGCACGACUCUUGAUAUAUCUCAACAAAUCCUUCUCCCCAUGCCAGUGGCGGUUUUACCAAAGUGGCAAGGGAGGUAGUGUCUCCCUUCAAAACAAAAAAAUACAUUAUUAAUAUUCCUUAAAUUAUAAAAUAUUGUUUGUUCAUAUUUUGUUUAAUAUUUUCAAAUUAGACACUAUUAUUAUAAAAGCAAAAUAAAUAAAAUGUAUGUUUAAUUUUUGUAUGAAAAGAGCUAUGGAGUGUACCGUGCCCACUGCUAGAAUCCAAUUUAAAACAAGGCGUGCACAGUAUGUGAAUAUAAUAUUGUUACAUAGCGAACCCCUCCUAGUGUCCCGUAACGAAGGCGGCAUCCUAGGAGGCGACCGCCGCCAGUAUGUUAUGGCUAAUGACGCACAAGGCAGACAGGCUUCGGCAGCCAAUGCAACGCAAGAUUGCUUAUUGCUCAUCGCUCACUAGGCAGCCAACUGGCUGCGCCCAGCCAGAGGAAAACAACGUUUUUACAUACGAAUGUAUUUGGCUGCCUGCAAUCUCCGCUCACUAGUCGAAGCAUCCGGUUGUCUUUUGCGUUUAUAGUAGUUUUUCCUCCGAUACGAUCACCAACGUUUUUAUCGAAUUUAUCGUAUUUACGUAUUUAUCGAAGAAAAUAUCGUGAUGAUUUUCAAUACGAAAAUGCUUAUUCGAGAAGUCGAAAAGCAAUUUGGGACAUAACUUCUGAUGAAUACAGCGAUCGUGAUUUAAAGAGAAGACGAUGGGAGGAAAUUACAAAUAUAAUGCGUGUUGAAAGUNAAAAAAAUGAAUUCGGUAAGUAUUAUUUUAUUUUAAUAAAUUAUAAUAUAAUAUAAAAUUUACGAUACUAUUAAUAUAAUUUGUGAGGAGAAUUUUAACUUUAAAAAAAAUAUGUAAUUCAUAAUUAGUAAUUACUAUCCCAAUGCUAUCCUAUCUUGCCAUUCUAGCGGAUUUGUAUUUACAAAAUAAUUAGCAAAUAAAUUUGUUGCAACGAUUUUGUCCACUGCUGAAUGCCCCUGGUCCAUAAUUUUGUUGUGUCGAAUAUCCUUUGUGAUAUUGUUCACUUCUGAAAGUACCCGGUCCAUAGUUUGGUGAAUGUUCAGCCUGAUAUUGACUACUAAUAUUAAUGCUCGAUGCCUUUGGUCCAUAUCUAUGGAUAUAUGGCACAUUAUGAUAAUAACUUUGAUUAUUAAUUUUCAGGGCCCUACCAUGACCUUGAGUUGUUGUGGUAGUCUGGUCCUCCAGGUUGGGGGUUAUGCGCAGGGCUAACAACCCUGCCAUGUGAAAUCACCCUUGUUCAGGAUACAACAAUAAACUUGCCUCGGAUAUGUGGAGCUUUGGAGAACAAGACUGGAAAACGGAGUAAGAGGAUUUUUAACUACCGGUUGUCUCGGGAAAAGCGGUACAUAGAAUGCUCGUUUGGCAUUAUGGCAAACAAAUGGAGAAUUUUUCACCGUCCAAUGGAUGUUCGAAAUGAAUUGGCAAUCAUCAUAAUAAAAACAUGCUGUGUGUUAUAUAAUUACGUGCGACAAAAAGAUUGAUAUAGAUUUCAAGAUACAUUGGAAGUCCCUUCGAAACUAGGAACCCCCAGGUCCUCCAAGCAGAGCAAAUAGAUCAUCAGCGUCUUGUAAAGAUUUAUUUGCUGAUUAUUUUAUAAAUACAAAUCCGCUAGAAUGGCAAGAUAGGAUAGCAUUGGGAUAGUAAUUACUAAUUAUGAAUUACAUAUUUUUUUUAAAGUUAAAAUUCUCCUCACAAAUUAUAUUAAUAGUAUCGUAAAUUUUAUAUUAUAUUAUAAUUUAUUAAAAUAAAAUAAUACUUACCGAAUUCAUUUUUUUCUUUUUCUAUUAAACUUUCAACACGCAUUAUAUUUGUAAUUUCCUCCCAUCGUCUUCUCUUUAAAUCACGAUCGCUGUAUUCAUCAGAAGUUAUGUCCCAAAUUGCUUUUCGACUUCUCGAAUAAGCAUUUUCGUAUUGAAAAUCAUCACGAUAUUUUCUUCGAUAAAUACGUAAAUACGAUAAAUUCGAUAAAAACGUUGGUGAUCGUAUCGGAGGAAAAACUACUAUAAACACAAAAGACAACCGGAUGCUUCGACUAGUGAGCGGAGAUUGCAGGCAGCCAAAUACAUUCGUAUGUAAAAACGUUAUUUUCCUCUGA